GCUGGGUUGGGCUCAGUCGGCUGCACCGCAGGUCGGCAAGAGCCAAAGGGAGGGGACGAGGGAGGGCCUGACCAGAGGCCCCGGACCAGACCAGCGCAGGCGGGAGCUGGACCCAGAGCUCCUGCAGCCACCCCUUCUCUGGGCUGGGUCAUGCGCUGCCCCAAGUGCCUUCUCUGCCUGUCAGCACUGCUCACGCUCCUGGGCCUCAAGGUGUACAUCGAGUGGACAUCUGAGUCUUGGCUAAGCAAGGCCUACCGGGGACCCCAGGGCACCCCACCAGGCCCCACACCAGCCACCCCCGACCCCACCCUGCCAGCUAACCUCUCUGCCCGUCUGGGCCAGACUGGCCCGCUGCUCUCUGCCUACUGGAAUCAGCAGCAGUGGCGACUGGGGUCCCUGCCCAGUGGGGACAGUACUGAGGCUGGGGGCUGCCGGGCCUGGGGGGCCGCCGCUGCUGCUGAGAUCCCGGACUUCGCCUCCUACCCUAAGAACCUCCGUCGCUUCUUGCUGUCGGCGGCCUGCCGGAGCUUCCCACCAUGGCUGCCCAGAAGUGGUGGCAGCCAAGUGGCCGGAUGCUCAGGUACCGACGUCCCCUACCUUCUGUUGGCCGUCAAGUCGGAACCGGGCCGCUUUGCAGAGCGACAGGCCGUGAGGGAAACGUGGGGCAGUCCAGCUGCUGGAGUCCGGCUGCUCUUCCUGCUGGGCUCACCAGAAGGUGAGAGGGGGCCUGACCUAAGCUCCCUGGUGGCCUGGGAGAGCCGCCGCUACAGUGACCUGCUCCUCUGGGACUUCCUCGACGUCCCCUUCAAUCGAACGCUUAAAGACUUGCUGCUGCUGGCCUGGCUGCACCGCCACUGCCCAGGCGUGAGCUUCGUCCUGCAGGCUCAGGAUGACACCUUCGUGCACACUCGGGCCCUUCUGGACCACCUGCGGGCCCUGCCCCCAAGAUGGGCCCAAAGCCUCUACCUGGGGGAGGUCUUUACCCAGGCCAAACCCCUGCGGAAGCCCAGAGGACCCUUCUACGUGCCUCCGUCCUUCUUUCAAGGGGACUACCCGGCCUACGCCAGUGGCGGUGGUUAUGUCAUCGCUGGGCGCCUGGCACCCUGGCUGCUACGGGCAGCGGCCCGUGUGGCCCCCUUCCCCUUCGAUGACGUCUACAUUGGCCUGUGCUUCCGGGCCCUGGGCCUGGCACCAAGGGACCACAAAGGCUUCCUCACGGCCUGGCCAGCAGACCGCGCCACUGACCCCUGCGCUCUCCGGGACCUGCUGCUCGUGCGGCCCCUCAGCCCCCAGGGCAGCGUUCGGCUCUGGAAACAGCUGCAGGAGCCUCGGCUGCAGUGCUGAGCCUGGUGGAGCCAAGGAGGCCAGGGCGCUCCUGGCCUGCACCUCGGUGCCUGUCUCUCACUCGGUCUCUCCUUCUGGGCCUCGGUGGGAAGGGGGAAUUCUAGAACCAGGACUGCCUGAGCCCCUCCUAGGUCCUCUGGGCCUAGAGGAUGGGGCAGCAGGAGGGAACGGACUGUCUGUGUCUACUUUUUGUUUUUGAGUAACACGCACUCCCCACUCUGA